GACCAGGUUAUCCUUUUCUGUCCCUGUUUUUCGAGGCGGAGUGAAAUUAAAGAUAGGUGUAAUAUUUGUCAUUGCCUCACUGUGAGGCCUCGUAUUAGCUUUAUCUGUCAUUAGAAAGGCACCAGCCUCUCUGCUUACAUGCUUCAAGGGGCUGAAAGGGACAUUCAGAGACUCGCUGGACAUCGGCUUGUGUUUGGUGGACUGUUAUUUCCUGAUAUAGGGCUGCCAAGACGCUGUAGUAUGCCCCGAACAUUUGACCUAGAAGGACAAGUCACUGGCAUUAAAGGCUGCUAGCUAAACUCUGCUGAGAGGAAGAGAGAGAGCCCAAGGCGGACUGUCUGUCACGUCUCCACCUGCUCCAUCACCAUAAAGCCGCAUCCUGUGGACCGCAGAGUCUUAUGGUAUAGACCAGACUGCUGUGUCGAGACAGCAGCGCCCCCGUGUGGCCGGACCCCGCCGCUACAGCCCAAGCAGUCAACCCGGAACUGAACCCGUGAGGUCGUCAUGGGGAGCAAAGUCAGCUCCAAAAUGGCAGCUCCCACCGCCAGAGUGAUCCAGGCUGUGCGGCCUCACGCGCCUCUGAUCAAGUUUCCCAACAGACAAGGAGCCCCGAAGCCCAACGCCCUGGAGGCAUUGAAAACAUUAGCAAACAGCCUUCCGCAACACAGCGCCAUCAGUACACCUUCAGCUGCAGCAGCGGCGCCUUCGUUUUCAAGACCUCAUGUACCUCUGACGCCGAUCCCGGGCACUCCGGACACGCUGGCGUCUAUUCAGCUCCUCCCGGCGAGGUACCGCAGGAGACCGCUGACGGCUGAUGAGAUGGACUACAUCCAGCGCGGUGGACCAGAGUGACGAGAAGCGACUCAAGUCACUGCAGCCAAAGUCCUGAUCUGAUGGAGAUCAGCAUGUGUCUUUAAUUCUGUUCCUCCGCACAAGCAAACCUAAUGCCACAAGACAUGUAGAAUAAAGUAUUUACAUGAAUCCUUUUGAAAUGUACAUAUGUUUAUUUUUAGACGUUAAAUCUGAAAUGUAUUGUUUGUCAUAGAGGGAUGUCUUCGUUGUGUCACGCUGGAAAGCUAAAGCUUCAGUUGUCCCAUCUACAGUGCUGGCACAUGAGAUAUUCUACAUCCUUAUUGAAAUCACCACUUUAUUUAUAAUUCUUUGAGGUUCACCUGCAGUACUUUCAUGUUUAAGUCAAAGCAAGAGGCUCCGGCACAUAGAAACCCUUUCCUUUUCAUGUCUUUCACUGCAGUGAAGCGAACUGUUUUCGGGGGAGGUGAUGAAUAUCAAGAGAUGCAACAUGAAACAGUGUUGCCUCGAUGUAAACUGCUGGAUUUAAAUUAAAAGAAUAUUGCAUUUUGAUUGUGGUGUUCUUAUGCUCAAUGCAGAAACAUAACAAGCAGACAACCAGGACAUUUCCAUUAGCAGGCAACUGAUUAACAAGAUUUUAUUGAACUUCAGGUAUUUCUCCUUGUCACCGUUGGUGGCAUGCUCUAUAUUUCAAACAUUAACAACAUUGACACUUCACAACAGUGCAGUAUGUGUUACUUGUUAACUACCUACUAGUUUGAGUAAGUUGAAUAUUGGCAUGAGUAGUACAGAGAUGAGAA